CCAAAUCCCAUAUAAACACUUGCAGGGUGAGAGAAAGCGAGAGAAGAAGAGAAUCGAUUUUUUUAUUCAAAAAAAGAUAUCCAUGGCAGAGACAGCAAACAACUCUAAACCUAAAAACUCAAGAUGGUUUCUCAAUGGAAUGACUGCCCUUGUCACCGGUGGCACUCGAGGAAUUGGGCAUGCUAUAGUGGAAGAACUUGCAGGGCUUGGGGCUUCUGUUUACACAUGUUCAAGGAAUGGAGAUGAGUUGAGUAAGUGUUUGAAAGAAUGGGAAAGCAAGGGAUUUUUGGUUAAUGGGUCAGUUUGUGAUGCCUCGUCUAAAGACCAAAGGCUGAAACUGAUAGACAACGUUGCCUCUGUUUUCAAUGGGAAGCUUAACAUUCUUGUCAAUAAUGUGGGAACAAACAUCAGUAAGCCAACAGUUGAGUACACUGCGGAAGAAUAUUCAAAGCUGAUGUCAACAAACUUCGACUCUUCGUACCAUUUCUGCCAACUUGCGCAUCCACUUCUAAAAGCAUCUGGAAAAGGAAGCAUUGUGUUCAUUUCGUCUGUUGCAGGUUUAACCCAUAUUGAGAGUGGAUCCAUUUAUGCACCAGCUAAAGCUGCUAUGAAUCAGCUCACAAAAAACUUGGCCUGUGAAUGGGCAAAGGAUAAUAUCAGGACCAACUGUGUUGCUCCCUGGUACAUCAGAACCUCACUUGUUGAACAUUUGCUUGAAAAGAAAGAAUUUGUGGAAAAAGUAAUAUCUCGAACACCACUUGAACGGAUUGGAGAACCAGAAGAAGUGUCAUCAAUGGUAGCAUAUCUUUGCCUUCCGGCUGCUUCUUACGUCACUGGACAGAUCGUUUCUGUGGAUGGAGGAUUUACAGUGAAUGGCUUCAAUCGUUAAUUUGAUCUUUUAUCAUGGUUUCUAAUGCUAAUGCAUAAAUGUUGAACAAAACUACUAUUCUAGAAAAUGAGUGAGGGUAUGAUCUUCUCUUAUUUUAUUUUAUUUUAUUUUUGCUUUGCGAGUUCUAUCAACUCUCUGUCUCUGUUGGUUUCUAUGGUGGAUUUUGGAAUUGGGGUGCUUAUUUGCAUUGUUACUUGUAAUAUUAUUUACAGCUUUAUUGCAGUUAAAUGGCAGAUAUUUGCUUGAAGUCACAACAUUCAAA